AAUUCUAAAAGUGGCAACAAAAUUAAACUAAAACAAAAAAAAAAAACAAAAAAUUAAGUUCAAACAUAAUUUUACGCUUCGGUCAACGCGUCAGCAGCUCUCGGGCGCCGGAGUCACAGUCUCUGACGCUGGCGUCCGUUAAGUCCUCGCGCCGUGUGUGAUAUAACAAGAGCCGUAAAGGUGCGACAUCUUCUCCUCUUCCCGCGUCAGCAAUCAGUAGGUGCUCUAGGUUCUCUAGGUGCUCAUGGAGCAGUGAACGUGGACAUCAGGUUGCCUCGAGACAGCAGCAGGAACAGCCGCAGCAUUAGCAUUUGUUGCAAACUAAGGCUUUGACAAUUGAAGAAGGUUGACUGCCACAUUUAAAUGAGGAAACAUGGGGAAUGGUAUGAACAAGGUCUUGCCGGGACUAUAUGUGGGCAAUUACCGCGACUCCAAAGAUUAUCAGCAGCUGGAGAAGUUCAAAAUCUCUCACAUUAUAGCCAUACAUGACAGUCCAAGGCGUCUGCUGCCGGACAAGCACUAUCUGUGCGUUAUGGCCUCGGAUACGCCGGAUCAGAAUUUGUCACAAUACUUUUCGGUGUGCAACGACUUCAUUCACGCAGCUCGGCUACGCGAGGGCAACGUGCUGAUCCACUGUCUGGCCGGGAUGUCCCGCUCGGUGACCGUCGCCGUGGCUUAUAUAAUGACGGCUACGCAUCUGAACUGGAAAGAGGCGUUGAAGGUGGUGCGCGCUGGUCGCGCCGUGGCCAAUCCCAACACGGGCUUUCAAAACCAGCUGCUGGAGUUCGAGCAAUAUAAGCUGGCCGAUGAGCGACGGCGGCUGAGAGAGCGUUUCCCGUCGUCGGCGCUGGAGCAGCUUGAUCGAAUCAAGUGUGGACUGGCGUUGGAUAACUAUCAGGAGCUGUUGCAGAAUAGAGAUAUAUGCGAGGGCAAUUGCUCUCGCGGCGAAAAGUGUCCCACAGGUGAUAGCAUACCCACUUACGCAAUUGGCGGCUUCUCCAUUACCGGCCGUGAGGCUUCAGGCUCGGGCAAUGCCCAAGUCCGGCAAAAUGUUGCCUACACUCUUAGGUUCAUCGUUGACAAGUGGAAGAACAGAACAUUUGAGCAGCUGAGCAGUGAAGAGAUCUCGGUGUCCGACCUGGAGUCGGAGCGUGAGACAGACCUUGAUACCGAUCAUGACGACUCAAACGGCAUAUCCAGCAGCAGCUCGGGCGAAGAGCUUAUGCCCAAUGUGGUCUACUACAAUGCAGACGCAAACGUUGGCCGCUUUGUCAACAACCUGGACGAGAAUGCAAAGGAAGAAGAGCGGCACAGCCCCUACACGGCUCACAUGAAAAGAUUGGCAAAAAAGUUCGAGGAAGAGCAGCGAUCCGCCACGGCCCCUAGGCAGAAGGCCGCCGACUCCGCUAGUCAGACGCCUCGCCAAACUCCAGUCAAGCGGACGCCCAGAAAACCGGAGAUCAAGCGCUAAUUUUUCGAUCUAACUUUUAAAUCUAGUCUAAUAAAAUGUUUGACCGGCUUUUGUCACUG